AUGAUAGAGAGAAAUAUGUAUUUCUUUGAAGCACUCGAGCAAAUGCCCAUGUACAAAAAAUUCAUGAAAGAGGUAAUUGUUGAAAAUAUACCAAUAGGAGAUGGCCCAGUAGCUUUGAAUGAAAAGUAUAAUGCAAUAUCACCAGGUAGGAGAAUCCCAAACAAGCAGAAGGAUCCUGGAGCAGUUAUAGUCCCAUGCACUAUAAAAGAAAUUGUUUUCAAGAAGGUACUAAUUGAUUCUGGAGCUAGUGUGACUCUGAUGCCAUUGUCAAACUACCAAACGCUUGGUAUUGGAAAUGUCAGUGAUACAAGGAAAAAUCUGAAGUUUGCAGAUCACUCCAUAAAGAAUGCAUAUGGGAUAGCGGAAGACGUACUAGUGAAAAUAGAGCAAUUUAGUUUUCCUAUUGAUUUUGUGAUCAUAUACAUACCUGAGGAUGAAGAGACACCUAUCAUUCUUGGUCGACCAUUCAUGCGGACAAGUCGGUGCAAUUUCGACAUAAACCAUGGUACACUAACUUUAAAACUUUAUGAUGAUGAAAUAACCUUAAAUAUGCUUGAAAACAGGAAGCUAGAAGUAGAAAAAGAAAAUCACUAUCAAGUAGGCAUGAUCAGGAUAAAUGUGAAAGGCUAA